GUCACACAGCUUACGUCUGAAUCCAGAUUUGAACUCAUGAGGAUGAGUCUUCCUGACUCCAAGUCUGACUGUAUCCACAGCAUUCAAGUAGCACUUGAAAAUAUUAUCUUAUUUGAUCCCCACAAGAACCCUGGAAGGUGAAGAAACUGAGUGUCAGAGAGAUUGCCCUGCCUAUGGUCACAAGUUCAGGUUAGACAUUUGCUUCUUUAGGUUCUGAUCAAGAUGUCUGAGAUCAGCAAAGAUAAGGCUUCUCGGCUGCUGAAGAAAAGAGGCAGUGUAUCAUCCGUGAGCAGCCCCGACAUCAAGAUGAAGGAAAUCCGCAGCAGGGCCAAAGACUCAGUGAGUACUGUGUCUUAUGUAGAUGAGCCUACCCACCAUGAUGAUGCUUCCCGCCCUGCAGUUCACAUGGAAAACACCUAUCAGCUAGGCCCGGAUAGAUGUUUUCCUGUGGAUGCUGUCAAUCACAUUUUGAAGGAUGUACUAACUAAUUAUCUACAAGAAGAAAAAUAUGAACCUGAAUUGUGUAGACAGAUGACUAAAACAAUCGCAGAGGUUGUGAAAGCCCGGGUGAAAGACCUCAUGAUCCCAAGGUACAAACUCGUUGUGAUUAUCCACAUUGGACAACUGAAUAACCAGAGCCUACAUAUUGGGAGCCGAUGUCUCUGGGACGAUGCAAAUGACACUUUUGCAUCCUUCGUCUUCAGAAACACAUCUCUCUUUGCUCUAGCAACCGUCUAUGCUGUGUACCUGGAAUGACUAACAGUCUCUUCAUGGAUAAAAAAUAGGCUUUGGGUGACGUGUUUCAGUGAAGACAUCAAUGCACAGUUUGGGGCUGCACAUAAUUCAAUUCAAUUUGACAAAUAUGUAUUAAGUGCCUGCUGUGUAAUUCUUGGAUCCUGGAUCAAGAUUCUUGGGUGUAAAAAUCUCCAAAAAGUUAAGCAGUAAUAUCACACUCUGAGCAAUGGAAAGGCACACGAGUGCAAGCAGGCGGUAAGACAUAACCGACAGUGAACUCCAAAGUAAGACCCUUGUAUUAUAUAAAGAGAAGAUGGGCCAGCUGCAUGGUGAUGGCCAAAGGUCCUUCCCUGGCAUGCUUGCAUUGCCAGAAGAAAUUGAGAAUGGCCACCAGGACUUUGAGCAGACUUACUGAGGCAAACUUCUGGGAGGGCAUGGAUGAUCGCUGCCAUCUGCAUCACUAGAGGGAACAGCCAAAUGGUUGAGAUGACAGAUCCCAUUGGAGUAUUGGACUCUUCUAGACACUGAUGUAGAGACCAAAAUACCAAGUCCUUUUCCUCAAAGAGCUUGCAUUCUGCUAGGAG